UCUAUGCAGAUGAGGAGAAUCCCAAGUAGGUGAAGCAUACUGAACAGGACAAUACAAGUUAAUAGGUCUACUUGAAGUGCUUACUUGAAUAUGACAACUUUUGCAUUGAGAACAGGUGUAUGUGUGUGAGAAAAUGAGUUUGUGAGUGAGACCGAGAGAGGGGGAGAAAGCAAACUCGCUGCUAACCCAAAACCUUGCAUUAGGUUUGAGGUGCGACUAUCAUAAUGUUCUGAGAUGUUUUCAUUCCUUAUGGAUUCUGACGGCAUGGGUGAUUUCAUGGAAUUUUUCUUGUAUUUUUCUUCUGGAAAACAGAUUUGUUCUCUAGCGUGCAUACUGGGGUUGGGACCAUUGUGGAUGAUGUUCUUUUAACACAAUUCUGGGGGAAAAUAUUUUUCAGGUAUUUUAUUUACAUCAAAAGGUGACUUAGCUGUUGGACAAAGAACCUUAAUUCCAAAGAGGGUAAAAAUGCUAAUUUGGUUACCAUUUCUUAUUUGGAUUCUGCACUUCUUGGAUCUUAUUAACGGACAAUAUUUCUCAAGACAUCCACGACACAGACGUAAGUAGUCAACCGACACAUUUUGAUGUGACCUGAUUGAAAUGCGGACACCUGUUCUGUGUAAUUAUACGCACAUUCAACUCCUCUUCAUACAUGUGUAAAAGCAUGGACAUUACUAUGUGGGUGCAGUAAAUUGUACUUUCCGGGAACAAUGCGGUCAUAUAUUUUCAUGGUUUAUACACGUUGGCUUACUAUGUGAACCAUACAACACAUUGUAAAGUUUGGCUGAGGGUUUGAUAAACCUCCUGUUCCUAUUCUUGGAACAUUAAUGUGCCAGGUAUAGUAAGUCACUACUCAGGUUUAUGAGGUUGGCUGUAUACAUUGAGUGGAGAGCAUAAUGAUUUGUGAUAAUGUAGUUCUUCCAAAAAAGACUGAAGUUGUAUGGGAUUCAAGUUUGACCAAAUUUCACAUGCACGUGCUCAAGACAUGUAACUGCAUCCUCUCUUAUGCCGGAACACAUACACACGUGUGUGAGUGAAAGAGCGAGAGAGACAGACACACACAGCCAUAACACCAGCUCUUCUCUCCAGGUAGCUUAGUGGUGAGCAGGUUGUGUCAUGCUGGCUGCCUGACAUGCUCAGCGUUAAACGGCUGCCUGUCCUGUAAGCCCCGCCUCUUCUUCCACUUGAAGCAUGAUGGGAUGCGGGAGAGGGGGACCUGUCUGCUAUCCUGCCCCAGAGGUCACUAUGGGAUACGCUCCCCACAUGUCAACACCUGCACCAAGUGCAGGGAGGACUGUGUUUCCUGCUUCAACAGGAACUUCUGCACUCACUGUCACCAGGGCCACUACCUGUACAGAGGGAGGUGUGAGAACAGCUGCCCCGAGGGCCUGACCCCAAACGCUGCACUAAGAGAGUGCAAUGAUUGUCUAGUGGGCUGUGAGGUGUGUGUGACGAGGAACACCUGCACCAGGUGUAGAGCAGGACUGUACCUCCUGCAUGGCCAGUGCCAUCAUACCUGCCCAGGGGGGUUUGAGCCUGAUAGACAGCUCAUGGAGUGCAUUUCUCAAGUACACUGCCAGGUGGGAGAAUGGGGAGACUGGGGUCUCUGCUUUCGGAGAGGGAGGGACUACAGGAAUUUUGUGGAGGUACGAAGACGAGAGGUCCUACGGCACCCCACCCUGUACGGCGACCCCUGCCCCAAAGUCAAAGAGUGGAGGAAAUGUGUCAUCAAAAGGAGACCGAGUCCAGGAAGAUCAGAUGGCAAAGGCAUUAGGCCAACAGAACAUUGAUGCAAGAUCAUUGGUGGGAGCAAAAUAAUAGCAAGUGGCAGAUGUGAUCCAAAACAGGAUGGAAGGACAGGAGGACUGGAUUAACUGGUUUGAAAGAGAGACCUCCAUUGCCUGAACAUCAGUCGUUUCUAGCCAGGAAGACUGUGCAACAAUUUAUUCCUCUAUGUUUGUGACCAGCUGUUGACCUGCCUUGGUUGAGAGACCUUGGAGAAGAUAACAUUAUCAUCUGCUCUAGAAUUUUGUGUUUAAUAUUUUUUUGUUCAUUAAGACAUGUCACCCACACGAUCCAUUCCAGGAAAAGGUCACUAACUUGAUAUGGACUGAAUUGAGCAGUGUUCAAAAAGCAAAGUGUGUUAUUCUAAUAGUUUUUUUUGUUUCUAUCAUGAUGGUGGCUAGCCCACUUGUUCUACAUGUGUAGCAUUUCUCUGUAUAGCAAGUCAAAUUGAAACUAUUGAUUCCUUUUCAUGAUUGCAAUCAUUGUUAUAGACCUACAUAAAAUGUUUGUGUAGGUGAUUUUAUAGUAAAUUACAGUAUAUUGUCUUCACAAACAUGACUGAAUUUUUAAAAAAUUAACCAAAAAACGUUGUUAGGUGGAAAGCCUACUCCAAAGAUGUCUAUAGCUAGCUAAA